CCUUUAUUAUUUUAGUUGAUAGUAAGCAGUGAUAGGAUUUGAGUGUUUGACUUAAAUGUCGAAACAGGACUGCAUACACUGUACAGAAGUCGUCAGGAGUCCAUUCCGCAUUCAUACGAACGGUUUUUCGUAGAACUUGUAUGUUCUGUUGCUUAGAUUAUCUGGACCAAUAAACUCGACUAAAGAAAAAAAAAAAAACAAAUCAAUCGGUUGUUGCCCAAGACAUGUGAAAAAAAACAAACACUAACACAGUCAAUAUAGACUCAUAGUCAGGUACUUGCAGCUCACCAUGUCUCAUAUUAGUAAAUUCGGAUUGCCCGGAGGAAACUUUAAAAAACCGCCUCAGCGAAAAACUAGAUUGAACCGUUCAUAUGAAGAGUUAACUCCCAUAUCUUGGAGUGAUUAUUUUGAACACAAACGUUUUGUUGACAUUGAUGGUAACAAGUUUGCGACCUACUCACUGGGCAAUGUUGAAUCCGUGCUGAUUGUCUUGCUCCACGGUGGAGGGUUUAAUGCUCUCACGUGGUCUCUUUUCGCUAAACAUUUAGUAAAACAAUGUGAAUGCCAAGUUUUAGCAGUUGAUCUUCGAGGACAUGGAAAUUCAUUUACAACAGAUGAUAAUGAUUUAUCUAUGACAACUUUUACUAGUGAUGUCAUAAGUUUAUUACGUAAAUCAUAUCCAGACAAAAUGCCAUCAAUAGUCUUAAUGGGCCAUAGUCUUGGAGGAGCUAUUGCUGUAAACAUUGCUUCUACAGCAGAAUCAGAUUUGCCUAUUAUUGGUUUGGUUGUCAUUGAUGUAGUUGAAGGUUCAGCAAUGGAAUCAUUAACUAGUAUGCAAAGUUUUUUGAGAAGUCGUCCAAAAUCAUUUAAAAGUUUAACGGAUGCUAUUUCGUGGGGGAUGGGGAAUGGUCAUAUAAAAAACGAGGAAUCUGCCAGGGUUUCUAUUCCAGGACAGAUAAAAAAUGUUGCCACUGGUAAACUUGGUACGGACGAAUUUGAUGAACCUACAAUUGAGACUCCAGUAUUAACAGAAGCUAUCUUAGAACCUCAAUAUUCAAUAGAUUCUAUUAAAGAAGAUGAAGAGUUUGGUGCACCUUCAUUUUCUAAUGAAAAAUCAUUGGGUAAUUAUACAUGGAGAAUUGAUUUGUGUAAGACAGAAAAGCAUUGGCCUGGAUGGUUUCAAGGACUUUCAAAAAAAUUCUUAUCCAUACAUGCCCAAAAAUUAUUAUUACUGGCCAACAUUGAUCGUAUGGACAAAGAUUUGACUGUUGGUCAAAUGCAAGGUAAAUUUGAAAUGCAAGUAUUACCCAGAGUUGGACAUGCUGUACAAGAAGAUGACCCAGAAAAAGUCGCUAGUAUUUUGUCAAAUUUUUUGGUACGAAACAAAUUUGCAAAUCCAACAGGAGAUUUUGUUCGUAUUCUUCCUGGCUGUUAAGAUAUAUUAAUCAAGUAUUCAGCUUAUCAAUGGUCUUCAUAAAUCAGUAAGAUUAUUGGGUAUGUCAAUAUAAGAGUUAGACAUAUUAAUAUAUUUUUAAUACAAAUGUUUAUAACUAUAACAAAAACAUUUAAUUAUACAAACAAUUAUGAAACAUGACAAACAUAAUAUUAUAAGUGGAUGUACAAACUGUAUCCUAUUAAUAAUUAAUAUUGUACUUAUAAAAAAACAAGCAUGUGUAAUAUAUUUUCCUAUGCAGUUUACAAUAAUCUGUAUUUUUAUACGUAUAAAAUUUGAUUUCGUUAAGUGUUCUUAAUAAAAUUUAAUUGUGUUAUAUUUGA